UAAUAAUCACCCGGAUAUUUGCAACGAUUAACGGUUUAUUGCCGCUGCUUACAUGGAUCAAAGCUGCUAAAUGUAAUAAUCAGAUAUCAUUGCCCCUUUUUCUAAGCGCCCUCCUCCCCCUGAAUGAGUCGAAGCACUAAACUGCCAGCCUCCGAGAGGACGUCAGCGCUGGAAACAAGCACCAUGCGUUCAGCGCUCCGACUGCUAGUCUGAAAGAGCCUGCAGCUCUGGCGUCCAGUAGGGGAGUGGAGAGCAGCCCAUCCAUGUCUGCCGCGGCACAUCGCUCUGAAGCUCCUUUGGGUCCAUGAUCGCUCCAAAGAUGGUAGCGGCGCACGCUUCAUCCCAUUCUGCCUCGGCGGAAUGGAUCAUCUGCCUGGAUAAAAGACCUUCAGAACGCUCAGGCGAGGACAUUGACAUCAUAUUUGCCCGACUCAAAGAUGUCAAGGCUUUUGAAAAGUUCCACCCCAACUUACUGCAGCAGAUAUGCCUGUGCGGAUUUUAUGAAAACCUGGAAAAGGGAAUCACAUUGUACCGCCAAGGAGACAUUGGAACCAGCUGGUAUGCGGUGCUGUCCGGGUCUCUGGACGUCAAGGUGUCAGAAACAGCCAACCACCAGGAUGCUGUCACCAUCUGCACUCUGGGUAUCGGAACGGCGUUUGGCGAGUCCAUUCUGGAUAACACGCCUCGCCACGCCACCAUCGUCACCCGGGAGUUCAGCGAGCUGCUGCGCAUCGAACAGAAGGAGUUCAAGUUGCUGUGGGAGAAAUACCGGCAGUACAUGGCAGGACUGUUAGCGCCACCUUAUGGUGUUAUGGAAACUGGCCCCAGUAAUGACAACCAGGCUGGCCAUUGGUCUUGUUGGCCAUGUGACAGUCUUCCCACAGAUUUGUUAUUAUUAUUUUUUUUUUUUAACUCAUUUCACUCCUGUAUGCUCCCCUCAUAUUUGUUUAAGUUAUUUAAUCAUUAUAUUCAUUUUCCAUCUUUAUGUUCAUGUUUUAUUUUUCAGACACCACUCAUUGAAAGCCGUGCCACAUUGCCUCCCACUAAACCUGUUACUCAGGUCCCAUCUGAGAAGAUCUUGAGAGCAGGAAAGACCUUAAGGAACGCCAUCCUGUCCAGAGCUCCACACAUGAUACGAGACAGGAAAUACCAUCUGAAGACGUACCGGCAAUGCUGUGUUGGGACAGAGCUGGUGGACUGGAUGAUGCAUCAGAGCUCUUGUGUUCACUCCCGCACACAGGCAGUGGGCAUGUGGCAAGUCUUACUGGAGGAGGGUGUGCUGAACCACGUGGACCAGGAACACAACUUUCAAGACAAGUACCUGUUUUACCGUUUCUUGGAUGAUGAGCAGGAGGAUGCCCCACCACCAACAGAGGAGGAGAAGAAAGAGAGUGAAGAGGAACUACAGGACACCCUCCUCCUCCUCCUGCAGAUUGGGCCUGAUGCACAUAUGAGAAUGAUUCUCAGAAAGCCGCCUGGUCAGAGGACAGUGGAUGACCUGGAGAUCAUCUAUGAAGAACUGCUACACAUUAAGGCUUUGUCACAUCUCUCCACCACAGUAAAGAGAGAGCUGGCAGGUGUGCUGAUCUUUGAGUCUCAUGCAAAGGCAGGAACUGUGUUGUUUAAUCAAGGAGAAGAAGGAACGUCAUGGUACAUCAUUCUGAAAGGAUCUGUAAAUGUGGUGAUUUAUGGGAAGGGGGUUGUAUGCACACUCCAUGAGGGAGAUGACUUUGGAAAACUUGCACUGGUGAACGAUGCUCCAAGAGCAGCAUCCAUUGUCCUGCGUGAAGACAACUGCCACUUCCUGAGGGUGGACAAGGAGGACUUUAACAGGAUACUGAGGGAUGUGGAAGCCAACACUGUCCGGCUGAAGGAGCAUGAUCAGGACGUGCUGGUGUUGGAGAAGAUCCCCUCGGGCAGUCGUAUAUUGAAUCAUGGAAGUUCGCAGAGCCAGCACAAGUACAUGGUGAUGUCUGGAACACCAGAGAAGAUAUUAGAGCACUUCCUAGAAACAAUGCGCCUUGACUCAACAUACGCAGACCCAGAUUCUGCACUUGAAGACUUCAUUCUGAUGCACUGUGUUUUCAUGCCCAACCAUCAGCUCUGCCCUCUGCUCAUGUCUCACUAUCACGCACAGCCCUCACAGGGCACAGAGCAAGAGAAGAUGGAUUAUGCUCUCAACAACAAAAGGCGAGUGAUCCGCCUGGUAUUGCAGUGGGCAACAGUGUGGGGUGACCAUCUGCAGGAAGAGGAGAUGUCCAUAGCCUUCCUGGAUGAGUUCUUCAUCUCUGUUUCUGAUGAUUCCCGGAUAAUUCCAGCUCUAAAGGAGCAGCUUCCAGAACUGGAGAAGAUUGUGAAGCAGUACUCUGAGGAAGCCAGGUCAGCACAGAAGAAGCACAAAGUACUCCUGCGUCAAUUUAGUAUUGGUGACGAACGACUUCAGAAGCGUCAACCGAUAAAGGUCACCGAUGAAAUUCUCUUUAAGGUGUACUGCAUCGAUCACACCUAUACCACAAUCCGUGUGCCAGUGGCGGCUUCUGUGAAAGAGGUGAUUAAUGCUGUAGCUGAUAAGCUGGGCUCUGGUGAAGACCUUAUUCUUGUUAAGAUGAGUUCUUCAGGAGAAAAAGCCGUGCUGAAGCCCAAUGAAACGUCCGUAUUCACAACUUUAAGUAUCAAUGGGCGGCUGUUUGUUUGCCCACGGGACCAGUUUGACUCACUGACACCUCUGUCAGAACAAGAAGGUCCCUCUUUGGGCUCAAUUACCACAUUUGAGCUUAUGAGUUCUAAGGAUCUAGCCCACCAAAUGACCGUGUAUGACUGGGAGCUCUUCAAUUGUGUACAUGAGCAUGAGCUUAUCUACCACACAUUUGGAAGACAACAUUUUAAAAAGACAACAGCCAACUUGGAUCUUUUCCUCAGGCGCUUCAAUGAGCUUCAGCUAUGGGUAGUGACUGAGAUUUGUUUGUGCUCACAACUCAGUAAACGUGUUCAGCUACUGAAGAAAUUCAUAAAAAUUGCUGCACAUUGCAAGGAAUAUAAAAACCUGAACUCCUUUUUUGCCAUUGUGAUGGGCCUAAGUAAUGUGGCCGUGAGCCGAUUAACACAGACCUGGGAGAAACUUCCCAGCAAGUUUAAAAAGUUCUACUCAGAGUUUGAAAGUUUAAUGGAUCCAUCUAGGAACCACAGAGCAUACAGGCUCACCAUGGCUAAGCUGGAGCCACCAAUCAUUCCCUUCAUGCCUUUACUUAUAAAAGAUAUGACAUUUACCCAUGAAGGCAACAAGACAUUUAUUGACAACUUGGUCAAUUUUGAAAAAAUGCGAAUGAUUGCAAACACUGUGAGAAUAGUACAGUACUGCAGAAGCCAGCCUUUCAAUCCAGAUGCAGGACUUGCUAACAAGAACCAUCAGGAAGUGCGGAGUUAUGUGCGGCAGCUGAAUGUUAUUGACAACCAGAGGACUUUGUCACAACUGUCACAUAGGCUGGAGCCACGCAGAGCAUGACAAGGCUGAUAGGCAUAGGUCACAACUAUUGGCAUCACACCAACACACAUGCUGCUAUAAGCAGGGCACUGCCAAAAAAAAUGAAACCUACACAGACAAUGACGGUGGGAACUGACUGAUUUGACUGUAUUAUCAAAACGUUAAUAUGGGACUUGACAGAGAAAACGUAUCUGUCACAACUGGCAUCCUACCAUAUCUAAAUAUUCAGAAAAGAAGGAAGGACGCUGACUUGUUUCAUUAACCUUCUAGUUCAUUUAAACGAUAAAUGAUUUUUGAAGCACAAGAUAUACAUACUAUUUCAUAUAUUUAUAUUUAUUGUUGAAUGGGCAUAAUUUCGGGCAUUACAUUUUACCUUUUCGUUUAUACUCUAAACAAAUGUGAUAUAUAUUUGAAUGCUACUCUCUUUAAAUCUUUAUGUUUGACACUCUUCCAAUUUCCUGUAUAAAAAAAAAAGAAGUAGAAGAAGGACCUGUCCAUUUUUUGUAUUUUUUGUGUUCUUUUUAUUAACCUGGAACGUCCAUUCAGCUGAAUAUGUUCAUUGCCCAGAGAUGGUGCCAAGUGUAUUUAUUUAUCUGCUUAAAUCUAGCAUGUAAUUACAGUAAAUAUAAUCACAAUUUGUCUCCCUGUAGUCUAACUGUGCUGUUUAUCCACUGUCUGAAUGUUUAUGUGUAAUAUGUAAAUAACAAUUAGCAGCUCAAUGACUUGAGAUCUGCUUUAACAAUUAAAAUUUACUUCAUUCUUACAA